UUGUUUUUAUUGGGAGAGAGUUCUCACAAUGUUGCCCAGGCUAACCUUAAACUUGAAAUCCCCCGGCCUCCGCUUCCUGAGUCUCUGGGAUUACCCUGUUGUCACACCACUCCAGGCUUCUUCCAGAUUCCUAAGACACCCCCCCCACACACACACACACACACACACCCCGGUGUUCUGAAACCUGCCUGCGGUUCUCCUGCCAGGAUUUCUGGGAACCUUGGGCUCCCCCAUAGGCCCGUCCAGGAUCUGUAGGUCCCAGCGACCUGCAGCGUCACAGCACACAGUCACUUCAGGGUCCUUUCCUUUUGGAGUAGUGUGAGGUGAGCACAGGGCAGCGUAACCCAAGAGUGCACAGGGGUCCCCAGGGUCCUAGAGGAAAGACUCCAAGCCACAGCCCUGUCCACCCGCUAACCAUCUCCGAGCAGGAGGCCUGGCUAGGCUGUAGGGGAUAAAACAGUUCUUAUAGGACCUCUCUGACCUUGCAGACACAGAUGAGGAGCCAUGACUGGCUUGUGAUGCCGAAAACCGAGAAGAUGGGACCUUGGGGCAGCUGCAGGGCUGAGCGCAGUGAGCACUGAUGGGUGGGAAGGAAGCCAGACCAGAGCCAGCCAGGACAUCAGGCAGCAUGGGGCUCCCCCUGUUCCAGUCCUGAGAUGCCUUCCCAGGCAGCAGACCUGGACCUCCAAGACACCGAGGAAGUGGAGGUCAGCAGAGACACCUGGCAUGACUCUGAGUGGGAGCCUAAGAAGACUCGAGCCUCUCUCAAUUCCCACAGCCCUGGAGAUGGGCUGGCCUCAGAUGGAAGGGCACUGAGGGGCCUCUUGAAGAGUCUCCCCAGCAUGUCUGAGUGUGGGGACAGCCUUGGCCAGGAAUGCACCUUGGAGCAGCCAGCAGCCCUGCUGCCUCCAGGGACCACGCCCUGCCCUCGGAAACGGGAUGCUUGGCGCGGGGUACUCUUACCACAGGGAGCCCAAGGGGCUGAGGACAGCACCGAGGAGGCUGCUGAGCUGGGCAGUAGUUUGGGUGGCGCGCCGCGGGGCACCAAGCCUCACCGCUGCGAGGCCUGUGGGAAGAGCUUCAAGUACAACUCCCUGCUGCUGAAGCACCAGCGCAUCCACACGGGGGAGAAGCCGUACGCCUGCCAGGAGUGCGGCAAGCGCUUCGGGAGCUGGUGGGGCUUCAUGCAGCACCACCGCAUCCACACGGGCGAGAAGCCGUACGAGUGCGGCCAGUGCGGCCAGGCCUUCAGCCACAGCUCGCACUUCACGCAGCACCGGCGCAUCCACAACGGCGAGAAGCCCUACAAGUGCCACGAGUGCGGCCACGCCUUCAGCCAGAGCUCCAACCUGGUGCGCCACCAGCGGCUGCACACGGGCGAGAAGCCCUACGUCUGCAGCCAGUGCGGCAAGGCCUUCAUCUGGAGCUCGGUGCUCAUCGAGCACCAGCGCAUCCACACCGGCGAGAAGCCCUACGCGUGCGAGGACUGCGGCAAGGCCUUCCGGGGCCGCUCCCACUUCUUCCGGCACCUGCGGACUCACACCGGCGAGAAGCCCUUCGCCUGCGGCACCUGUGGCAAGGCCUUUGGCCAGAGCUCCCAGCUCAUCCAGCACCAGAGGACGCACUACCGCGAGCAGCGCACACCCCAGUAAAGCCUGUGGGCGAGCCUGCUCCUCUUGGGUGAGGUGGCAGGACGUGUCCUGUGACCAAGUUAUGAUAGCUAAAGAAACUCUGUUUUCUGCUAGGCAUCCGUCUUGAUA